CACAUCCGAAGCAAAGGGCUUGUAGCUAUAGAAGCAAGGCUCUCUUCUUACUCACACUCUCGGGUCUUUCAAUAGCUUCAGCAUAGCAACACCGCCGGAAUUAGAACAAUCCGCACGUUAUGCUUCUCUCGAGAUUAGUCCUUCCUCUCUUAGCUACCGCUUCCCAGACGGCAGCUGAUCUAAUAAAGUGGGAUGACUGGGAGCACGGCAGAGUUGCCUUGGAAGAUGUCAGCAUCCACUUCCGCUAUGCUGGCUCGGGGCCGCCGUUACUGCUUGUUCACGGUACGCCGCAGUUCAGUUUAGCAUGGCAGCAUAUCGGUCCCAUACUAGCGCAGAACUACACGGUGAUCGCUCCGGACAACCGCGGCACCGGAGAUUCCAGCAUCCCUCCCGACGGCAACUACAGCUCUGCCGUGUCUGCCGCCGACCUCAAGGGCGUCCUGGAUUUCUUAAACAUCACCUCUACGUACGUUUUCGCGCAUGACAAGGGUGUCGGCAUGGCCGUCGCGCUCGCUGCGCAGUACCCGGGCCUGGUGAAGAGGCUCGGCCUGGCAGAAUACGUGCUCCCUGGUUUCGGAUACGAAGCUGUCGCAGCGCCCGCGCCGUACUGGGACUUAUACCAGAACCCGCAGAACGCCCUCUUUUCGAUCCCGGACUUCGCCGAGUUCCUGAUAGCCGGACGCGAGCGCCGGUUCGUGUUGUGGUACUUCUACCACGGGAGCUACUCGGGCCCGGCGUCCUUCUCGGAAGACACGAUAUCACGCUACGCCGACAGCAUCCAGAAGCCCGGCUUCUUGCGCGCGAUGUUCGGGACGUUCGCGGCGGCGUCUAUCUUGGCGGAUGCGGAAUUCUUUAAUAGGACCGUGGGGCAAAACCCUCUGAGUAUGCCGGUGUUCGUGACGGGCGGAGAGGCGAGCAUCGGCGUGGAGCCGCUUUUGCGACAGAGCUUCGGACCUAUUACAACGGACCUAGAGUUUGAUGUUGUUCCGAAGGCGGGACAUUGGAUCACCGACGAGAACCCAGCCUGGACUGCGAAACGCAUUCAGCAAUUCUUAACCAAAGACCCCUCCCCGAUAGAGAGUGUCGACUUGUCAGGCCUCAAGGAUAAGGUGACGUUGAAAGUGGGUUUCUAUGGGACAUGGAGGAACGCAGCGCUGGGAGGACAACCUGAGGGCUUUUAAUCGGCUUUGUGUGACGAUAAACUAGAAAGGCAGUAUACCGUGUUAUAUAUAAUUUU